AUGCUGACGAAAUUCGAGACCAAGAGUAAUCGAGUGAAGGGGCUGAGCUUUCACAGCAAGAGGCCAUGGAUCUUGGCCAGUCUCCACAGCGGUGUGAUCCAGCUCUGGGAUUACAGAAUGGGCACUCUCAUCGACCGUUUUGACGAGCACGAUGGCCCUGUACGUGGUGUCCAUUUCCACACCUCUCAGCCGCUUUUCGUCUCUGGAGGGGAUGAUUACAAGAUCAAGGUGUGGAAUUACAAGCUGCAUAGGUGUUUGUUUACACUUCUUGGACACCUUGAUUACAUACGCACUGUUCAAUUCCAUCAUGAGUACCCAUGGAUUGUCAGUGCUAGCGAUGAUCAGACAAUCAGAAUAUGGAAUUGGCAGUCCCGAACUUGUAUUUCUGUGCUCACUGGACACAACCAUUACGUCAUGUGUGCCUUAUUCCAUCCAAAGGAGGAUCUUGUUGUCUCAGCAUCCUUGGAUCAAACUGUUCGUGUUUGGGAUAUUGGUGCCCUCAGGAAAAAGACGGUUGCCCCUGCAGAUGACAUCCUGCGCCUGAGUCAGAUGAAUGCAGAUUUCUUUGGUGGAGUUGAUGCUGUUGUGAAGUAUGUCUUGGAAGGUCAUGAUCGGGGUGUUAAUUGGGCAUCAUUCCAUCCCACACUCCCUCUGAUCGUCUCUGGAGCAGACGAUCGACAAGUGAAACUUUGGCGAAUGAAUGAUACAAAGGCUUGGGAGGUGGACACCUUAAGGGGGCACAUGAACAAUGUAUCAUGUGUUUUAUUCCAUGCAAGGCAGGAUAUUAUUGUGUCCAAUUCAGAGGAUAGAAGCAUCCGAGUCUGGGAUGCCACAAAACGGACUGGUCUUCAGACAUUUCGUAGAGAGCAUGAUAGGUUCUGGAUUCUUGCAGCACAUCCUGAAAUGAACCUUUUGGCUGCUGGUCAUGAUAGUGGCAUGAUCGUCUUUAAAUUGGAGAGAGAACGUCCUGCCUUUUCUGUUAGUGGUGAUUCAAUGUUCUAUGUUAAAGACCGUUUUCUCCGCUUCUUUGAGUUCUCUACCCAGAGAGACACUCAGGUUAUCCCUAUUCGAAGGCCUGGUUCUUCCACCUUGAAUCAAGGGGCUAAAACACUAUCUUAUAGCCCUACAGAAAAUGCUGUUUUGAUAUGUUCAGAAACAGAAGGGGGUUCUUAUGAGCUAUACAUUAUACCCAAAGAUAGCUUUGGCCGGGGUGAUAUUGUGCAGGAGGCAAAAAGAGGAAUUGGAGGGCCAGCUGUGUUCGUGGCUAGGAAUAGGUUUGCAGUGCUUGAAAAGAGCAGCAAUCAAGUUAUAGUUAAGAACCUUAAAAAUGAGAUUGUCAAGAAGAGUGCCCUACCUAUUGUUGCUGAUGCAAUAUUUUAUGCUGGAACUGGAAACUUGCUCUGCAGGGCAGAGGACAGAGUUAUUAUUUUUGACCUGCAGCAGAGAAUUAUUCUUGGGGAGCUUCAAACUCCUUUCGUAAGGUAUGUUGUUUGGUCAAACGAUAUGGAAAGCAUUGCUUUGCUGAGCAAACAUUCUAUUGUGAUAGCCAACAAGAAGCUUGUGCAUCAGUGCACUCUCCAUGAGACAAUUCGUGUAAAGAGUGGAGCUUGGGAUGACAAUGGCGUUUUCAUAUAUACAACCUUGAACCACAUCAAAUACUGCCUUCCCAAUGGGGACAAUGGAAUCAUCAGGACCCUAGAUGUUCCAGUAUAUAUAACAAAAGUGUAUGGAAGCACCAUCCAUUGCUUGGAUCGAGAUGGGAAGAACUGUGCCAUUGUUGUUGAUGCAACAGAAUAUGUUUUCAAGCUAUCCUUACUGAAGAAGAGGUAUGACCAGGUUAUGAGCAUGAUUAAGAGCUCUGAGCUCUGUGGCCAGGCCAUGAUUGCAUAUCUACAGCAGAAAGGUUUCCCUGAGGUUGCCCUUCAUUUUGUGAAGGAUGAAAGGACUCGCUUCAACUUGGCACUAGGGAGUGGAAACAUCCAGAUUGCUGUUGCUUCUGCCAAGGAAAUUGAUGAGAAAGAUCACUGGUAUCGUUUGGGAGUGGAGGCCCUUCGCCAGGGUAAUGCAGGCAUUGUAGAAUAUGCAUAUCAGAAGACAAAGAAUUUUGAGAGGCUAUCAUUCCUCUAUCUUGUGACUGGAAACUUGGAUAAAUUGUCCAAAAUGCUGAAAAUUGCUGAAGUCAAGAAUGAUGUGAUGGGUCAAUUCCACAAUGCUCUAUAUUUGGGUGACAUCAGAGAGCGUGUUAAGAUAUUGGAGAAUGCUGGUCAUUUACCCCUUGCUUAUAGCACAGCUGUAGUUCAUGGCCUCCAUGAUAUUGCAGAACGUUUGGCAGCUGAACUGGGAGAUAAUGUUCCGAUUUUACCCAAGGGGAAAUCUCCAUCUCUUUUGAUGCCUCCAACCCCAAUCAUCUGUGGUGGAGAUUGGCCCUUGUUGAGGGUUAUGAGAGGAAUAUUUGAGGGUGGUCUUGAUAAUGUGGGCAGGAAUGCAGAGGAAGAGUAUGAAGAGGCUACAGAUGCUGAUUGGGGAGAGGAUUUGGAUAUUGUUGACGUGGAAAACAUUCCAAAUGGAGACAUCAGUGCAGUGCUGGAGGAUGAGGAAGAACAUGAGGAAAAUGAGGAGGGAGGAUGGGAUCUUGAAGAUCUUGAACUUCCACCUGAGAUUGAUACUCCCAAAACUGCAAGUAAUGCCCGUUCUUCUGUGUUUGUUGCCCCAACUCCUGGUAUGCCUGUAAGUCAAAUUUGGACCCAGAAGUCAUCUCUUGCUGCUGAACAUGCAGCGGCUGGGAAUUUCGAUAUUGCAAUGCGUUUGUUGAACCGGCAGCUGGGUAUAAAGAACUUUGCUCCCCUAAGACAAUUGUUUCUUGACUUACACAUGGGCAGUCAUACGUAUCUACGUGCCUUCUCGUCAGCUCCUGUGAUCUCUGUGGCUGUUGAGAGGGGAUGGAGUGAGUCAGCUACUCCUAAUGUUAGGGGUCCUCCUGCUCUUGUGUUUAAAUUCACAGAGCUGGAAGAGAAGCUUAAGGCGGGUUACAAGGCCACAACUACGGGGAAAUUUACAGAGGCUUUACGACUUCUCCUUGGUAUUCUGCAUACUAUUCCUUUGAUUGUAGUUGAUUCAAGGAGAGAGGUUGAUGAAGUAAAAGAAUUAAUUAUCAUUGUGAAGGAGUAUGUUCUGGGUUUGAAGAUGGAGCUUAAGAGGAGGGAACUUAAGGACAAUCCCGUUCGCCAACAGGAGCUAGCAGCUUACUUCACCCACUGUAACCUUCAGACGCCUCACUUGAGACUUGCAUUACUGAAUGCCAUGAGUGUUUGCUUUAAGGCUGGUAAUCUCAACACAGCAGCCAACUUUGCCAGGCGACUUUUGGAGACCAAUCCCACCACUGAAAACCAUGCAAAGACUGCAAGACAAGUCCUCCAGGCUGCCGAGAAGAACAUGAAUGAUGCAACCCAGCUAAAUUACGAUUUCAGAAACCCAUUUGUGGUUUGUGGUGCAACAUAUGUGCCUAUUUACCGUGGGCAGAAGGAUGUUUCAUGCCCGUACUGCAGUUCUCGGUUUGUUCUGGCCCAAGAAGGGCAGCUCUGUACUGUUUGUGAUCUUGCAGUGGUUGGAGCGGAUGCAUCUGGGUUGCUCUGUUCUCCUACCCAGAUAAGAUGA